AUGGUACCCAAAACAGCGCUCAUGGCUGUGCUUUUGCUCGUCCUUGUGGCCGGCGAUCUUGUCCACGGCCACACCAUUCUGCCGCCGCUCGGACGCGCCCGGCGGAGCCUCGGCUGGAUGCAAGGCAUGAAGGGAGGGCCGCCCAGUGGCAUGCAGACAUCAGAUACUGCUGCUUUUGCCGCCCGCAGCCGCGCCAUUUCUGCGGUGCAAAAAGGGGAGGAAAGCCGCCGGGACGCCAGCAGGGAGGAAGGCAAGUUCAUCGCGCCCGUGCCUGGUUUCAAGCUCCCGCCCCUUCCUCCGAACGCUGCCUGA